AUGGGUGGACUACCAGCUCUGGAAUCUUUGCAUCGAGCCCUCCCGCCGGAUACUCCCCCUGAACUUGUAAGCCCAAGCGCAACAUCGUUUUCUUCAAGGUCAUCACCUCUAGAAGAACAAGCUGCCUGGGGCCCUCGUGCUUCGGUUCCUGUUGCUGCUGCUUCCAUGUCACGCUAUGGCAAGGCUUCCGUCGAUAUGUCUGCUGAGGGCAAUACAGAUGGCGGCCGAGGUCGACAGGAAUCGGUUGGAACUCCGACUGCUGGACAGCAGCUUCCGUCUUUAAGCAGCCUCUUUGGUCCGCCGUCAUCUAUGCGACCUCUCAACUCGCCACACACGGAACGUCCUGGGAUUUACCCUUCGCCUUCUCCCUUGGAUAGACCACGACUCUCUUCCAGUGGAAACUUGUUGAGCUCCUAUUUCCCACAGGCUAUUUCACCUUCUCAGCCGCCAUCAAGAAACCCAUACGAAUUUGGUGCAUACAACUACUCCGAGAGACAGCAAACUCAUGCUACGACAUCCUCCCUUCCUGCGUCGCAUUCGCCCGAAUACCCAAACCAUGGCCACAGGGGUUCUGAUGCCCGCUACGAACCCGAAUUACCCCGGAAAUGGUCCGCCUACCGUGAGGAUAGCAGGCAAGAGUAUCUACAGCCUCAGGAUAAACUGAGACCCCAAUAUCCCGGACCCAAAGACUCGUCCCACGAUUACUCUGAACGGCGACUUAGCCAAGUACACAGCUCGGACACCAACACACCCUCGACUUCAGCUACUGCAAUCACUUCUGAGAUUGCAGUUUCAAAGGAUGGUCUGGGUCCGAAAAUCUGGACCGGUACGCAUUUCCUUCCCAGAUUUGUGCGGGCAGCAGAGGUGCCCGGCGAAGGCAUGUGCUAUUUCUACGACGACGGAAGUCACUGUAAAACAGUGAUUGAUGGCGAGGCGGUGAACGCUCACUGGGGCGUGACAAAGGCGGGCAAGCCUCGCAAGCGGCUAGCCAUUGCAUGCGUGACUUGCAGGGAGAAGAAGAUCAAGUGUGAUCCGGACUAUCCACGAUGCGUCCAGUGUGAGAAAUUUGGCCGUGUUUGCAAAUUCAAGAAUGCACCCAGAGGAGGGAAUAACACUUCGCCAUCGACGUCUCCGGCCGAGCUCGAUGAUGGUCGACAGCUUGAAACCGGCGACCUACGACGUUCGAUCAGUGAUGUAAGCUCUCCCGGAUCCCCCCGAGCCGGAAUGCGGCCCGCCUCUCCGGACCGUGGAUACAGCAAACGACUCAAACUUGGCCCCGAGGCAUACAUCUCCAACGGCGAACCACCCGCUCCCUUCAAUGCUCGGAUGGAUUAUUCUAAACCGCGAAUCACUGAACAGCCACCCCCUGAGCCGCCUCUAAUUCCCGAUGAGGUUCUUGGUCGUGCUUGGAGGACGGAUCCUUAUGCCUCGACUCCUGACUUGAUCACGAACGCUUUAACCAGAUUCUUCGCCAACGUUGACAACACCAUGAUUCUCCAAUUUCUUCCUGAAGAAGCCUUCCAGCGCUGGGUCGUUUCCUCUCGUGGCCAAAAAAGCCCCGAGGAUUUGAUGCUUUUGUACAGUACUCUAGCGGUUGGCUCUGCACUCUGCGGUGAUCCUAAGCAGAUUGCUUUCGAGUAUGCUCAGGUGGCACACUAUGCACAGAAGAUGACAGGAGUGCAGUGCCUGCAGCUAGUACAGAGCAGGAUUCUUCUUGCCGUUUACUAUAUUUCGACCUGUCGAACUCGAGAAGCUGAUGAGUUGAUCUCUUCUGCAGCUGCCAGUGCUGCAUGCCUGCAGUUGAGCUUGGAACUGGAUCAUUCUAGGGAAUUGGGCAUGGCUAUGUACCCUCUGGGGCUGAACCGGACGGGCUAUGCUGAAGCACGCAGGAGGACGCUCUGGUCUCUAUUCAUUCUGGAGAGGCUUAGUGGACUAUUCCCGGAGCGACCGGUAAUGGUCAACGCGGAAGACAUCUACACACAGCUCCCUACUGAUCUACACUGCUUCGAGAAGCAAGUCGAGUCUCAUGCGCGUAUUUUCGACCCCUAUGGUGGUCUUGCUAAAACCGAUGAGCGAUCGUCCGACGCCAGUGUCACUGGAUAUUAUAUCGAAAUGGUGCACAUCUGGUCGGAUUGCCAAGCAGCCAUCUACAGGAUGGCGCUUAGACGAACGUCUACCGAAACAGAGACUGCAAAGCUUCAAGAUCUCAUCAAGAGGGCCAAGAAUUGGUUUACUUCUUUGCCCCCUCGUCUGGCCUUUGGUGGUGCAAAUCUCGAAGCGGCCGCUUUUACUAGAAGCACCGGCUCUUUCCUCAGUAUGCAUUUCCUUUAUCAUCAUACUAUGAUUGAGUUGAACCGACAUCGUCAUGGAGCCGGCCAACUGCCCAAGGAUGUCCAAUUGGGACAUUCGGCCGAAUGCCGAGAGCAUGCGGGCAGGGUCAUUGAGAUGCUAAACAAAGCUGUCGAUGUCUUGACUGCAACUGGGCCGAUGACUGUCCUGGGAGACGUGAUUGAGCGAGUUCUUAUUGCCAAGUCCGCUGUUGACAGGACGAAGAAUAUCUGGGAGGCCUCUUCCAAGGACCGUCUGGCUAUUGACCGACGUCUACAAAAGUUGAAUCGGAUUCGCGAGCUGGGAUCACGACCGCCGAGCCCCAUUCAAGGUUAUCGACUGCUCCCUCUCUCGGAAGAUACGAAGGAAAAGGAGCUCAACCACUGGCAGAUCCUGGAUCCCAUUGAGCAAACAUUCCCAAAGGAUAUGGACGUGAUUUAUGUUGGACUUGACUAA